GGUAAAUGCUAAUUUGCAUCUUCGGUAUGUCUGUAGGUGUUAAUGCGCCCAUUUUUCAGACUAUAUUCACUUAUAUGAGUUUGGCUCUGGUUUAUGGAAGCAUCGUGCUGUGUAGGCGUCAAAAGCUAAGGCUCGCUUGGUAUUGGUAUCUCUUCUUGGGCUUUGUUGAUGUCCAAGGGAAUUAUCUUGUUAAUGAAGCAUACCAGUUCUCAUCAAUUACGAGUGUCACGCUGCUGGACUGCUGGACAAUAGCAUGGGCAAUUGGUCUAACAUAUUUCUUCAUAGGCACCCGAUAUUCAUGGUGGCAGUUAGGGGGCGCAGUCCUCUGUGUGCUGGGCCUUGGGUUGGUGCUCCUUUCUGAUUCUGGAGUGGGUGGUGGAGGUGGUUCGAGGCCUCUUCUGGGUGACAUACUUGUCAUUGCUGGGACGAUAUUCUUUGCCAUGAGCAAUGUUGGUGAGGAAUUUUGCGUUAAGAAAAAGGAUCAAGUAGAAGUGGUCUCCAUGAUAGGGCUUUAUGGAAUGCUAGUCAGUGCUGUUCAGUUAUCAAUAUUAGAGCUGAAGAGUGUGGAAUCGAUCACAUGGUCUACAGAUAUUAUAUUAUCUUUGGUUGGAUAUACUGUUUCAAGUUUUAUGUUCUACACCAUCACGCCCUUUGUCCUCAAGUUGAGUGGAGCAACACUGUUUAAUCUCUCGUUGCUCACAUCUGAUAUGUGGGCAGUUGUCUUUCGCAUCUAUUUCUACCAUCAGCAGGUUGACUGGUUAUAUUUUCUUGCUUUUGCGCUUGUAGUCAUUGGACUCAUCAUUUAUUCAACUACUGCAAAGGAUCUUGACAUAUCACCAGCUCCUGAGAGUGGGAACCAAAAUGCACAAUACCAACCACUUAAUGAUGAGAAUGCAAUGAAUACAGAUGAAUCUUAGCUUUGUGAUGUUGGAGUUUAUGCCUCAAUAACCUCUGUAAACUUCAAACCUGCACUACCAACUUAAUGUUAGUAGCUCCUCCUUAAAGAAGCUGGUGUAAAUUAAUAUUCCUCUAGAGGGCAAAGGAUUGGUGUCGUUUUUCCUCUUCCAAUCUAUUAGAAUGAAGAUGGGGUGUUUUUGUACCCUGAACAUUAGCAGCCAAGAGGAGCUGCACUUGGGAAUGAUAUUUAGGCAUAUUGAUUAUUAAGAGUAUAUCAAAAUUCCAUUUAUCUUUUGAAUAUAUGUGAAUCUUGGCU